AUGAGCAAGCCGAAGCCGGCGGAGGAGCGCGAGCGCGAGCGCCGCAGCAGCUCUAGCCGCAAGCACCGGUCCCGGCACAGCCGGCCGUAUGCCGACACGAUUGAUUCCCUCGACCGCGUUGGCGGUGUUGUGUACCACCACGAGGGUCCCUACGAUGCGACACUAGCGGCUGUCAACAGGAACAAGAAGAAGUCGCCGCUCGAGGCCGUCAAGGACUCCAACAACGAAGCCCUCAAGGCAACACCGCGCGAAUACAUUCAAGAUUCGUUGUCCAAGCACGUUCCGCUGCAGGGCACGUCCAACAUCCCGUCGGGUAUGCCGGACCGCAACGGCAAUGUGCUGCACUACGAGGAGGGUGCCGACCUAAUGCGGGAGCCGGAUGCCCCGGGUGGCGCGUACCGGCGGUAUGAUUUUAUUCAAUACCACCCCGACGACCUCAAGGGCAAGGGCGAGCCGUCGUACUCGAUUGAAAAGGCGAUGAAGGAAAACAACGGAAAGCUGCGCAAGCACAGCUCGUCGCUGAGCCACGGUGCGCCCCCCUCCAUGGUGUUCGAGAUGGAGACCCGCAACGGCCGCCGCCGCGGCGAUGGUGCCCAAGAACCACUGCUGUCAUCCAAAGGCAGAGCAACAGAGUCGACACGGCGUAGGAGCUUCAGCCACGCCUCGGAAGCAGGUCCCUCGGCAUGGAGGUCGGGUGCCGAUCUGGAUUCGGCGGAUCCCAACCGACUCGCUGUGUCCAACGACGGCAGUGGCCUCAGUCGCAGCGGCUCGAACCGCCUCACGGACGGCAUAAAGCGCCGUUUUGGCAGUUUACGGCGGAAGUAA